AUGAAGCCACCGCUAGGUGAAGCAACGAGACUUCGCGAACUGAAGCUCAUGUACUAUUGGUCGAGAGAUACGCGCAACAGUUUUAUCAGAAGGAUCGAGACCGACGACAUCACACUAGACCAUAUCACUCAAGAGGCAUUGCGACACGACUACUUGAUGGAGGCGGUCUUUGCACUGACCUCUUUGCACAUUGCGCGAAAGUCAGAAGGAAUCGUCGUGGUUGAUGAGUAUGUCAGUACCGCUGCUCAAUACGAGGCUAAGUCUGUAGCUGGGCUACGGAGUGCAUUCGGCACGAUCUCAGAAAGCAAUUGCGAUGCAAUCUACCUUACAGCCUGUAUGGUUAUGGUAUGCACCAUAUUAUCACCUCUCAUCCGGCACGAGUGCAACGGAAAAGCCCACUCGACUGUGGAGGAAGCGCUGAUAUCAACAACUUUUAUGACUGAAAUCAAGUCUAUGAUCGAAGUGAGCCAGGAAUGGAUCAAACAAGAUCAUUUGACGGGCAUGUUCAACAAACACACUAGGACCAGUUCCAUGAUGCCACGCCUACCCUUGGAAGGGCUAAGACUUUUGAAUGCAAAGGACAAUACUGGAGAAACGCGCAUUGUCUUUGAUCACACCAUCGACGAGUUGGAAAGGGCACAGGAAGCCAGGUUGACAGAGCCGUGGAUUACGACACUGCAGUCCGAAUAUUUGAACGCUCUAAGGCGUAAAGAUGAUCUCGCCCUGGUCAUCCUUAUGCUAUGGAGUGUUCUCUUAGGUCAGCUGGAUGGCAUGAGAUGGUCUGGGCAUCAUCUGGUAGAUGAGAUCUCAUAUAUGCUCAACAACAAGAGCGAUAGAUGGACCUGGAUUACAGAGUGGAGUCAAUCACAUGUCAAAGUGUAG